CGGCGGAGGGAGCUGGGGAUGGCGGCCGGGGGGGCUCUCGCCUGUUACCUGGGCUACCGGCUGUAUGAGCGCCGGGCCAGGCGGCAACCGGAGCCCCCCCGGCCCCGUGAGGCGCGAGCAGCCGCCGAGCGCCGACCCGCAGGAGCCGGAGAGCCCAGCCCGGCCCAGGGGCUGCUGCCCAUCCCCGUAGCGGCGGCUGCCAAGGAGACGAUCGCAGAAAGCAGAUCAGACCUUGAAGAUCUGGACCUUUAUGCAACUUCUCGAGAGCAACGGUUUCGUAUAUUUGCCAGUUUAGAAUUUGAAGGCCAAUUAUAUAUGACCCCAUAUGACUUCAUUCAGUCUGUUACAAGUGAUGCACCUAAACGUGCUAAAAAGUGGAGGUCUCUUUCAAAACAGGAUGCAGUAUUUGCUGCUGAAGCAACUGAAAAAGAUCCAUGUGGGGUCAAGAGAACAAGCACCUCUGUUCUGAUUUCAUCUAGCCAGGAAUUGAAUCAAAUACUUAUAGAGACACCCCCAGUUUGGAAAGGAUCAUCAAAACUUUUCCGUAAUCUUAGAGAGAAAGGUUUGAUUUCCUACACAGAAUAUCUGUUUCUCCUUUGUAUCUUAACAAAGCCUCAUGCAGGUUUUAAAAUAGCUUUCAACAUGUUUGAUACUGAUGGCAAUGAGAUGGUCGACAAAAAGGAGUUCUUAGUGCUGCAAGAGAUAUUUAGAAAGAAAAAUGAGAAGAGAGAAAGAAAAGGAGAUGAAGAGAAACGUAUAAUGUUGCGCCUUCAACUCUAUGGAUAUCAUUCUUCUACUAACAGUGUACUUAAGACAGAUGGAAAGGACCUUGUCCCCAGAAGCUAUUGGGAUACAUUGAGACGUAGCACAAGCCAAGCUCUCUUUUCGGACCUUGCAGAGCGUGCCGAUGACAUCUCAAGUUUGCUAUCUGAUACCACACUGCUUGUGCAUUUUUUUGGCAAGAAGGGAAAGGCUGAGCUAAACUUUGAUGAUUUUUAUAGAUUUAUGGAUAACCUACAAACCGAAGUUCUAGAAAUAGAAUUCCUUUCUUAUUCUAACGGGAUGAACACCAUCAGUGAGGAAGACUUUGCUCAUAUUCUUUUGAGAUAUACAAAUGUGGAAAAUACAUCAAGUUACCUGGAAAAUGUACAUUGCAGGAUCCCUGAAGAAAAGGGUAUCACAUUUGAUGAGUUCAGAUCAUUUUUCCAGUUUUUGAACAACCUAGAAGAUUUUGCAAUUGCAAUGCAAAUGUAUAAUUUUGCAAAUCGUUCUAUAGGACAAGAUGAAUUCAAGCGUGCUGUGUAUGUAGCUACAGGCCUGAAGCUUUCAGCACAUUUGGUGAACACAGUCUUCAAGAUCUUUGAUGUUGACAGAGAUGACCAGCUGAGUUAUAAAGAAUUUAUUGGCAUUAUGAAGGACAGAUUGAAUCGAGGGUUCAGGGAGACCCCAAAAUAUGGUUUGAAGGGUUACUAUGUUUGUGUGACAACUGUAACAAGCAAACAUUUAAGAGAGCUCUGGAAGCAGUUUAGGAGUCGAGAUAUGCUAAGAUAAAAAAAUGAAGGAGAGAAAAAACUUCAGCAUUUGGUUGCUACUAUUUUUCCUAGAUACUGUGUGUGAAAAACGGCAUAAUACAGGUAAACUAUGUAUCUUUCACUUGCAGCACUAUGCACUGAAUCAUCACUGGGUUUUUUCACUUGAUUUGCUGAUCUAUUCAUGGAUUUUUUCAACCACUUUUUCAGUAUGUGUUUUGUUUUAGGGGUUGACUUACACUUUUAUAGGCCAGACGACAGUGUAUCUUAAAGAAUGUGUUUUUAAAGAUAUUUGUUGUUUGUAUUUGUAUUGAGAUGUGCCUUUCAUUUAAAGAAUUUUUUUUUUCAUUCUGGUGAAUGUGCCUUUUGGCAGUGGUGAAAAAUUAUUUCCAUGUAGAGGGGAUGUGAAUUUGUUUUUAGAAAAUGAAUAUUAUAUGAAGUUUGUGUUAAAACAGGGAUGAGAAUGCAUUCUGUAGCACAACAAUUGCAUGAGUGUGGAAUGUACAGGUUGUAAGUACUCAUGAGCCAACAAAGCUGUCAUUUAAAAACAACUAUAAGUAGCAGUUGUGAUAUAGGAUAAUGUGAAUUAUUGAUUAAGGGGUUAAUUAAUUAAGAGGUACUGAUGUCCAACAGCUGUAAGUCUUACUAUUAUAAUCUUAUUGAUUCAGUUUAAUAAAAUCUCCUGAUUUUAAGAUUUCUAAUUGUGUACAAUAUAAUGAAAAUAAAAUGUCAUCUUAUUAGCUAAUAUUUUUAUCAUGUUAGUUAAUACAAUGCUAUUUAAUAUAUAGCAUUGUGUUUCUGUAACUUUUUUGCCAGAGUAUGGAUUUCAGCUUAGUUAUGUAUUACUUGUUAAUAAUGCACUUUACUUAAAAGCUGGACAUGGUAUGAGGCAGAAAUUAAUCCUAUCUAGUUUUGCUAGACUGGCAUGCAGUAGUGAACAAAUAUUGCCCCCAGGUUGUAGCUUUAAAAAAAUUAAAAGGAAUGUAGGCAAUAGCACAGAACUACAGCCAGUUACAAAAUGUUACAAUGAUAAAUGUAAAUACCAGGAGACUUUGGAAUUCUACCUGAAUCAAAUUCUAGAAUUAAAUAAUAAGGCUUUAAUACACCUAUGGGUUAUGCAAGCAAUCUGUAGCCUCCCUGGCCUCCUGUCUGUCUAUUUCUAUGUAAUGAACAAUGAUUUUGUUAUUGUUUUGUUGCUGUUGAAUUAAGCCCUAAAAGGUCAUGAUUAAUGGAGCACAAUUUUGCUUGUUUUUACAUAUCCUGAGUCUUUUUUGUUUGGCUGGGGGAUGGCAGAUUUGUCUCAAUGUAGCGAUCGAAUUUAAAAGUUUUGUACUGCUUUUACAAGGCUGAUAGCAUAAAGUAAAUAAAACCCCAAAUACUAACUCACUUUAACAUACAAUUUUAAUGUCACUCUUAAGAAAAUUUAUUGACUAGGAAAUUAAUUAGUAUUUACAUAAAAGCAAUCUGUGCAUGAAAACAGGGAUUAUCUAAUUUUAAUCUAUUUACACUAUCAGUUGUAAAAAAAAAAGUUUGGUUUAGUGGUGCACUUCAGUCUUAAAUCAACUAUUAGACACAACAUAUUGUUUUUAAUCUUUCAUUGUUAUCACGAACACAACAAAGAGUUUUUUUUUUUCAUCAUGUAGAAUGUAGCUGUCUGUCACUCAAAGAUACUACAUGGUCUUUAAAUGCAUGAACCAAAAAGUAUAUGUUUUGCUUCUUUGUUAAUAAGCUUAAGUUCCAGGACUAAUCAGUUUACCAAGAUUUUAUUCAUUUUUUUAAUUGACUUUUAAAAACUUUUUUUUGAGAAAUUCCACUGUAAGAAUUUCAAAAAAAUUAAUGUUAGAAUGUUUUAUUUUGGCAUGGCUUAUCUGGCUUUUGGUAAAAAUUAUAUAAUAGGAAAAUACUAGCUAGAAAAAUGUCCAAAAUAUUCUAUUGUAGACAGCAUUUCGAUGAUAAAUACUCAUGCAGUCCCUACUUCACUCCCCUCCCCCAGCUGACAACUAGAAAAUCAGAGAUUUGGACUAAUGCUGAUAGGCCCUGAUGUUGUAAUUGACAGUAUGCAGUGGACUGCUUUUUCGAUGUGCAAUCAAUUGCAAGACCAAUCACAAUGUAUGUAAAAUCUUGGUAUCACUUUUCCAAUUUGUAUAUUUCUCUAUAUGGUGCCUAAGUACAGUAGACUGGCAUAAAAGAGAAUAUAUAAGUGACAGAUUAGUCCAUAAGACUGCUUUCUGCUUUUGUUUAAUAAUACAAUAACAAUGUAUGUAACGGUACACUAAUAUGAAAAAAUAUGCUUGUCAUAUUUGUGUUUACCUCAAAAUAAACUCACUUAAAACAAACUAAUUUCCUUUGUUGCAGUGCAGAUUAAUCAAAUUCAGAACUGGCAUUAGGGGUGGGCGGAGUAGGCAACUGCCCGAGAUGCCAUUCUAAGGGGAGACACCUCCAGAGCAGGGGUGCUUCUCCUCACCCUGCUGCUUGGCUCCGCUGCCAUCUGCUGCUGCUCCCGCCACUGCCCUUCACCUUGGAGCAGCCCCUGGCCAAGCUGUUCCCAGGAGUUUGCUGUGCAGAGCAGUGGCAGGAGGCUGAUGUUGGGGUGUCCGCCUCCCCCCACCUAUAUACCCGGUCUCCUCUGAGCUGGGGUGGGGGUAGUCUGCACUGCUGCUUCUGAAUCAGGAGUGGGAGCUGCUGGCGGGGGCUGCUGUCUGAACAAGCCUUCAGACUAGUGAGUGCUGUGCUGAAAGUGACAGUGUGCUGUCUCUCACAUUCCCCAACACACACUGUCUCUCUCAUACUUCCCCAACACACACAUUCUGUCUCUCUCACUCACUCACACACACACACACACUCUCUCUCUCUCUCACUCCCCCAAAACAGACACUGUCCCCCAGCCCCAAAUAACAGUAUUCUUCUAGAAUGUAAAUUUAGCUUGUACUCAUCUUAUCAGUGCCAGUUUAAAAAACAUUAGCUAAAUACAUAAUUUUAGACACUAUGCAGAGGAAGGUCACUUUUUUCAAGUUGUAUUUUUAGUUAUAGCUGUAAAAUAACUUAAAAUUUGUAUGAAAAUAAAUUCAGUUCCAGGUAUGAUACAGAUAGCAAUGAUAUGGUCAAAUGUUAGUGAAGCAUGUACAUGAUUGUGAUUGGUAAACAUAAAUGACAAAAUACUUAGAAAAAUAAAUCCCUGAUCUUAAUAAAAGAGAAAAACUUUUUGUUAAAAUUUAGUAAAUACAUUUUUAGUAGAAUGAAAAUCAAUUAACUACAAUAGGAUUGAUAAUGCCAGUGACCUAGAAUUUGUUAGAGGAGGUAAAGGGAUAUUAUGCAGAUUGCAUUUAUUUUUAGUUAUCUCUGCUAAAGAUAGUUUACAAAGUAUCAAACUUGUGUUUCUGAUAUCUGUGUUAAAGCUCCAGAAUUGAUAUUUGAAGGCUUGAGAUUGGGAGUAUCUUGCUGUAUUAUCUCUAGAUUGUUCUAAAUGUACAUAUAAAUUUAAAAUAUGGUUUUAAUUGG